AUGACUCGCAUCUUCAUCACGGGUUCUAGCGAUGGCAUUGGCCAAGCUGCAGCCAAAAUACUUGCGGACCAGGGCCACUCAGUCGUCCUCCACGCACGAAACGCGGACCGCGCCGCCUCGACCCAUAAAGCUGUCCCCAAAGCCGAAGCAGUGUUAGUCGGUGAUCUGUGCUCCAUCUCCGAGAUCAAGAAACUUGCACAAGAGGCCAACAGAAGCGGACCAUUCGACUCCAUCAUACACAAUGCAGGCAUUGGCUACGGUGGCACAUCCAGCCGGGAAAUCACUGCGGACAAGAUCUCUGCUGUUUUUUCGGUCAACACGCUCGCUCCAUACAUUCUCACCUGUUUGAUGGAUAAGCCAAAGUCGCGGCUACUCUAUAUGAGCUCAGAUUCUCACUACGGGGGUGAUGAAUCUCUACGCAACGUGACGCAGUCACACUCAUACGGGGAUAGCAAAUUACACGAUGUGAUGCUCGCAAAUGCCUUCUCUCGGCGAUGGGGCGACAGUAUUCAGGUCGUGAGCAUGCAUCCUGGCUGGGUGAGGACCAAGAUGGGAGGCUCCAUGGCUCCUGGUGGAAUGGAUAAGCCGGCUCAGGCUUUGGCGGAGUGGGCUACUGGACAAGGCAAACUCGCCAGCCUGAAAAGUGGAACAUUCUUCACCACAAGCGGCGAAGAGUCCACACAUCCUGGAGCUGGUAAUGUGGGGAAGCAGGAGGAGCUGUUGAAGAUUUGCCAGGAGGUGUCUGGAGUUCCAAUUCCGGAGUAA